AUGAAGAUGAUCAUUCCCAUUAUCUUCAUCUUUUGCCUUUUCUUUUCAUUCUCUUCCUCUGAACCAUCUGUGUUUGAUUUUUGUGUUGCAGAUUUUUCACUGCCUUAUGAUCCUGCAGGAUAUUCCUGCAAGAACCCUAAAAACGUGACAGCCAAUGAUUUUCAUGGAACUGUUUUAGGUGUUAAGAGUAACACGGCAAACAUUUUCAAAACUGGUGAAACGACAGCGUUCGUUCAACAAAUUCCUGGUCUGAAUGGUCUAAGUGUUUCAAUGGCUCGCGUCGAUGUUGAAGCAAAUGGUGUUGUACCACUUCACACACAUCCUGAUGCUACAGAAAUUCUUUAUGUGAUGCAAGGCCAGAUGCUUGCUGGAUUCAUUUCAUCAGACAACGUUGUGUAUUUGAAAACUCUCAACCCUGGAGAUGUUUUUGUGUUUCCUCAAGGUUUAUUGCACUUCCAACUCAAUGAAGGUAGAAGUCUAUCAGUGGGAAUUGCAGGCUACAGCAGUUCAAACCCUAGAAUCCAGAUUGUGGACUUCGCACUGUUCCAAAGUAAUUUGACCACUCAACUGAUAACAGCUGUCACUUUCAUUAAUAUUCUCGAAGCAAAGAGGCUCAAGAUCGUUUUUGGAGGCUCUGGAUAA